AUACGUACGUUUAGUUUGUCAAGAAUUCAGUCGUGAGUUGGUCAUACUGAUACUACGUUAGAAAAUAUCAGAAAAGUGAAAAUGGCAGUUGAGUGUGGUAUACGUAUUUUAUUUUAUGUAAUUUUCUCUAUUUUCCUGUUAAAUUCAUGCGACGGUGCAGCGACAGAUAUCGAGUUAGAUGCCAAAGCUCAAUUGUUACAUAGGCUUGAUAGUUUGAAUCUCCUUCUUUAUACAUUUUUGUUAAUAUUAACUGUAUUAACUAUAUGGACAUUCAAGCAUCGUCGACUAAGAUUCCUCCAUGAAACUGGUCUAGCUGUCAUUUACGGGUUGAUCAUAGGAGCAAUCAUUCGUUAUGGAUUUACAACAAAUAGUGCUAUACUGCAUAUGCCAGUUGUACCAGAUAAUAGUAGUAAAUAUAAUCAAUCAGUUCCUCCAGAUACAUUAUGGUUGCGUUUUCCUGAAGACAAAGGUGGUGGUAUAAUUAAAAAUAAAACAUUUGCUUAUACUUUUCGUGGAGAAAUUUAUAAGGAGGAUAAUGAGAUUGAUUUGAAGGCUACUUUUGAUCCAGAAAUAUUCUUUAAUAUUAUAUUGCCACCAAUAAUUUUUCAUGCUGGAUAUAGUUUGAAACGGAAAUAUUUCUUUAGGAAUUUAGGAGCAAUUUUAAUGUAUGCUUUACUUGGAACAUCAAUAUCAGCAUUUGUCAUUGGAGCAUUGAUGUAUGCAUUCAUACAAUUGAUACCACAUCUUUCUACAUCGUUUACAUUUUUGGAUACUUUAUACUUUGGUGCUCUGAUAUCUCCAACAGAUCCAUUGACAAUAAUUUCUAUUUUUAAUGAUCUGCAUGUAGAUGUUAACUUAUAUGCUCUAGUGUUUGGAGAAAGUGUACUUAAUGAUGCAGUUGCUAUUGUUCUCAGUGGUUCAAUACAAAACUAUGCUGAACGUUACCAAUCUGGAUCAGGAGGAUUCGAAACAGUAGCAUUCUUCCAAGCAUUUGGUGAUUUUGUUGGUAUUUUUAGCUUAUCUUUAUUCAUUGGUGCUACUAUGGGAUGUAUCACUGCAUUGUUAACUAAAUUUACUAGAGUUAGAGAUUUUCCACUCUUAGAAUCAGCUCUAUUUGUCUUAAUGUCUUAUAGUACAUUUUUAAUUGCUGAAGCUUCAGAUCUUACAGGUGUGGUUGCUGUUUUAUUUUGUGGCAUUUGCCAAGCACAUUAUACAUAUAAUAAUUUAAGCCCAGAUUCUCGUCAACGGACAAAGCAUCUCUUUGAAUUAUUAAAUUUCUUAGCUGAAAAUUUUAUAUUCAGUUAUAUCGGUGUUUCAAUGUUUACCUUUCCAAAACAUCACUUUGAUCCAGGUUUCAUCUUUGCUGGCUUUCUUUGUGCUCUCUUAGGACGUGCUGCUAAUGUUUAUCCUUUGUCAUUCAUAUUGAAUUUAGCACGAAAACCAAAAAUUUCAAUGAAUUAUCAACAUAUGCUUUUUUUCGCCGGUUUACGCGGAGCCAUGAGUUUUGCUCUCGCUAUUAGAAAUACUGUAUCAGAUGCUAGACAAGCUAUGUUAACUACGACAAGUUUAAUUGUGAUUUUGACAGUGAUUUUACAAGGUGGUGCAACAACUCAAUUUUUGAGUUGGUUCAAUAUACCUGUCGGCGUAGAUGAAGAAAUAGAAGGUUUAUCACAAAAUGGAGUACGUAGUGUGUACAAUUCACUGGACACCAUGGAGUCUGGUGGCGAAGGUGGCUUUGGCGAUCUGGACAUGCGUAGGGAAAGAAGUCCUCCGUAUAAUUCUAUGCAGGAUGGAUCAGUGCCAACCGGUGCAAAACCUAAUGAGAAAGCAUUGCUCGCUAGAAUAUGGGGUGAUUUUGACACACGAUAUAUGAAACCGCUAUUAACGCACUCGAGGCCUACCUUGUUAGAAACAUUACCAGUGUGUUGUGGUCCAUUAGCAAGGAUUCUCACAACAACACAGCAAAUGACACAGGAUGAUGUUUCAAGAAAAAUUGAUUCAGAUUCUGACUUUUGUCUGGAAGAUCGUGAAAUGGAACGAAGAAGGAUGAACGUACAGCCGACAAACAUAUGGCGUCCAACACACAAUACACAUUAAUGAAUAUGUUUUUUAAAUCUUCUGUUCUUGAAAAUAUUUAUUUACAUUCUAUGCGAUUAAAUAAACCUAUAUUAUUAAGUAUUAGGUAAUGUCUGGUUUGUACAUAUUAUAUAUUUGAAUUAGCCUGCUAUGGUCAUAAGUGCAAUUAUGUGAAAUAUAAUAAAAAUGAAUUAUUUUAUUUUUCAUAGUAUAAUAAUUUUAAUAUGUUAGUGUAUAAUGACUUAUUAACCACAGACUUAAUUGCACAAAAAAGAAAUUGAUUGAUGAUAAUCAUUGAAAUGAAAACAACUAGACAUUAUCUUACUAUUGACAAUGAAAAUUUGUUAUUAAAUUUCUUUCAACAAACGUUAAUAGAACAAUUAUUAUACUUUUUUUGUAAAUACGAUUCUUUACACUUCACGUUCGCUCUGUUGAAUGUGAAAAUGAUUAUGCUGAUGUAUGUGGCCAAUGUAUAAUGUUAAAUAAUUAAUAAGAAUUUCAAGUAAAUUCUUGAUGUAUUUAAUACUUUGCGGGGCAGCUGGGAACAGUGACAGGAGAAGUUAGUCCGGGACCACUACCACUGCACACACGCGUCGCCCUGCCAGGUUUGAUCGGCAGACAUUUAUAAAAAUUACUUAAUAUUGAAAAUUACUUUAAUCUCUUGCUAAUGUGUAUUAUUGAAUGUGCAACGGACAAAUAUGUUAUUUUAAUGAAUCCAUAAUGCUUAAAUGAUAGGGAAAUUCUGAUGAUUGCCAAAAACACUGCUUAUGUCCAGUAAAAUUUCUGUUGGAAAAAUUUUAAACUUAUAUUAAACCUAUUUCCUAAAAUGAUAUAUAUAUAUAUAUAUAAAAAAAAUUAGUAUAAAAUUGUAAGAAAUAAAAAAAAAAAAAAAAGAAACUGGCAUGAACAUUAUUCCUAAUACACUAUUUGUGUAUCAAUCCAUUUUAAUUAUUCAGUGGAGGUCCUGGUAUACUUUUAUUAUUAUGUAAAGAUCUUUUGCAUAUAUAUAAUAAUAUUCAAUAAUCUUAUCUGUUUAAUAUGAAAGCAUUAAAAUGUGUUUAGAUGUGAAAUAAAAUCUAAGUUUUUUACAAAAUUGCCAUUCAGCAAAUUGAUUUUGCUGUUGAAGGUAAUCAUUUUUCUAUGUUGAGUGCAGGGCAUUCUACAUAACAAAAUGCACAGUAAAUAUCUUUUACAUUAUAAUUUGUUUAUUAUAUAUGAUACAUUUUAUACAUAUAAGAUUAUGAUAGAUAAAUUCGUUUUUAGACUUUAAACGAUGUUAGAAAAAAAAGCAUUAGUUAAAAGUGUAGGAAUAUUAUUUGUAAAAUGUAUCAAUUUUUGAUCUGCAUAUUUAAGCUAAUACAUUACAGUUGUGAAUAUUCUUAAUAAUAUUUCAACCACGGUGAAGAUUUUUUUUUUCUUUUUUUUCUUUUUUCUUUUUUUGUUUGAUUUAUUAUUUUUUAUUUUUUUUUUUAAUAUAUAUAUAUUUUUUAUUUUUUUUUAUUUCUUUUAUUUAUUUAUUUUUUUUUAUUAUUAUUAUUUUCUUUUUUUUUUUUUUUUUUUUUUAAAGAAAGUGUAUUAAACUAGAAAUAAAUGCAGUAGUAAUUCUUACAUAUGAUAUAUAAUAAUUAACUGUUUCUUUAUAUAUGGAUUAUAUAACUUAGUAUAUUAGUGUAAUUUUUUUUUCUUCAGAAGUAAAAGAUUCUAUUCAUCAGUGAUAAAAAUUAAUCUAUGAAACCUAUAACAUGAUGAAUGCAAAUACAUAAAUUGUUAAUUUUUGAUGUUGGCUGUGAACACUUACACAUAGCUUAAAUUCUAAGUGCGAAUUUCUUGACAUAUAUCAGAAACAUAUUUAAUUUAUAUUCUUUUUAUAAAUGAUUCUCAAUUUCCUAUGUAGAAAGUUAUUUUAAUAUACAUUACAUAAGCCAAUGGUCAAUAUGCCCUUAGCGCAUUGUACUUCUUUUCUUGUUUAUACAUACAAUUUGGCAUGCAAUUGUCAUUAUAAAAAUAUAUACAAAUAAUAAUGUUGUGAUACCAUGUACUUCAUUAUGUAAUGUUUAAUAAAAUGUUUGUAAAAAUAAAUAAGAUUGUAAACGA